GAGGUGAGGCUGGUUGGAGACAGCUACCGCGCAUGCGCACCAGCCCCGGUCCUCUCCUGCGGCUGACAGUGACCUCAGCCUCCGCAGCAGCGCCAGCUCUCAACCUGGGCAGGACGGGACAGUAAACGCGAGACGGGGAGCGAUGGCCGGGAUCUUCGGGAAGAUCUUCGUGGGUAUUUACGUGGAGAUCAAGCGUAGCGACGGACGAAUACACCAGGCCAUGGUCACAUCACUGCAUGAAGACAACGAGAGCGUGACCGUGGAGUGGAUCGAAAACGGGGACACGAAAGGGAAAGAGAUUGAUCUGGAGAGCGUCUUUGCUUUGAAUCCAGACAUUGGUCCUGAUGAAGAAAUCCCACAGAGUCCUGAAGCUCCUCUUCCUCCGUCCAGUGUCGCCAAAACCGGUCGAGUUCCAAAGACCCGACGAACCACAGCGAUACCGAAGCCUGAAAACACUCAGCGGGAAAACAGAGCUGCAGCAGUGGGAACCACCCGGGCCCGUCCCAGUCAGCACAGCCAAGCUGCAGAGCCACCUCCGCCCUCCAUCGCCCCACAGUCUGCAGUCAACCAGGCACUGAUGCAGCAGCAGAACGCACGAAGGAAAUCCAACUGUGUGAAGGAGGUUGAGAAAUUGCAGGAGAAACGAGAGAAGAGGCGACUUCAACAGCAAGAGCUCCGAGAAAAGAAGGCUCAAGAAGUUGACGUCAAUUUACCAAACUAUGAGAUCAUGUGUAUGAUCAGAGACUUCCGAGCCAGUCUGGACUACAGACCUUUAACAUCCAACGAUGUGAUCGAGGAGCACAGAAUAUGUGUGUGUGUUCGUGCACGUCCUCUCAAUAAAAAAGAGCUGUCGGUGAAGGAUCUGGAUGUGAUCACUAUUCCCAGUAAAGACGUGGUGAUGGUCCACGAGCCAAAGCAGAAAGUCGACCUCACUCGCUACCUGGAGAAUCAGACCUUCCGCUUCGAUUAUGCUUUUGAUGAGAACUCCACCAAUGAAAUGGUUUACAGGUUCACCGCUCAGCCGCUGGUUGAGACCAUUUUUGAGAGGGGCAUGGCGACCUGCUUUGCUUACGGACAAACUGGAAGCGGGAAAACGCACACGAUGGGAGGAGACUUUUCUGGAAAAAACCAGGACUGCUCUAAAGGAAUCUAUGCACUGUCUGCCAGAGACGUUUUUCUGAUGCUGAAGAAACCUGCCUAUAAGAAGUUGGAUCUGCAAGUUUUUGCCACGUUUUUUGAGAUCUACAGUGGCAAAGUGUUUGACCUGCUGAACCGUAAGGCCAAGUUACGGGUGCUGGAGGAUGGGAAGCAGCAGGUGCAGGUGGUGGGGCUGCAGGAGAGGGAGGUGAAAUGCACCGAGGACGUUCUCAAGCUUAUUGAGAUGGGGAACAGUUGCAGGACUUCCGGUCAGACGUCUGCCAACGCCCACUCCUCUCGUAGCCACGCCGUGUUCCAGAUCAUCCUGCGCCGGCGGGGGAAGAUGCAUGGAAAGUUCUCCCUUAUUGACCUGGCGGGGAAUGAGAGAGGGGCGGACACGUCCAGCGCUGACCGCCAGACUCGACUGGAAGGAGCAGAGAUCAACAAGAGUCUGUUGGCACUCAAGGAGUGCAUCCGAGCCCUGGGCAAAAAUAAGCCACACACUCCAUUCAGAGCGAGCAAGUUAACCCAAGUGCUGAGGGACUCCUUCAUAGGAGAAAACUCCAGAACAUGUAUGAUUGCGACCAUUUCACCUGGAAUGGCUUCCUGUGAAAACACACUAAAUACACUAAGAUAUGCCAACAGAGUGAAAGAGUUUGGAAUCAGUCCUUCAGACAUCCCCUUCUCACAGAGCGCUGGUGGAGGAGGCCGCUCGGAGCUCUCUCCUUCAUACGAGGUGAAGGACCUCAGUAUGGACCCUGCAGCAGUGAUGGAAGGAGGACACAUCACCCAGCUGGAGGUUCUGGAGGCUCAGUGGGGCAUUGGUAGCUCUCCUCAGAGAGAUGAUCUCAAACUGCUCUGUGAACAGAAUGAGGAAGAAGUUUCCCCACAGCUGUUCACCUUCCAUGAAGUGGUUUCUCAGCUAGUGGAGAUGGAGGAGCAGGUGCUGGAGGAUCACAGGGCGGUGUUCCAGGAGUCAAUCCGCUGGCUGGAAGAUGAGAAGGUUCUUCUAGAGAUGACAGAGGAGGUGGAUUAUGAUGUUGAAUCAUAUGCAACCCAACUGGAGCAGAUCCUGGAUCAGAAGAUAGACAUUCUCACUGAGCUGAGAGAUAAAGUCAAGUCUUUCCGUUGUAAUCUCCAAGAAGAGGAACAAGCUAGCAAACAAAUAACUCCCAAGAGGCCUCGAGCGCUUUAAAUAUCCAACAGUCUCUGUGUAACUCGGACUCGUCCUGAGGCAGGAGAAGGUCUGCUGAGACGAGACCCGGGGCGCUGAUUUACUCAGCGGUGGUUUUAUCACCCACUCUGCUGUGUGUGUGUUCAGGUUCCUCCCAUCAUCCAUCUGUAAAACCGAAGAGCCGACCAUCGACUCUGCUUUUUAUCCUCAUGUCAGGUGUGCGUAUGUGUGUGUGUGUGUGUGUAUGCGCGCGUGCAUGUUUUGUGUGCAUGAAAAGUCACAAGUGCUUUAGUUAAAAGCAGUAAAAUUUGUGAAUAUUUAUCUGUUUUAAACCAGUUUUUAAGUCAGUCACAGCUUAUCUUUGUUAUCAUCACUGUUGAUUUGGGCCAAUUUUCUAAACUGCUUUUGCCAUUUUGUGCAAUAUUUGGUGGAUUUUCUUCCUGGUCUUCCCCUCGUUUCAGUCCAAGGGAUGGGAUCAGGAAAGUUUGUGUUCAAAGGGAGCCACGUUGCAUUUGGUUUGCAACUGUGCAUUGAAACAGUUUUGACCAAGAAGAAACCUAGCACUAAUUUACACAACAGUUAUUUGACAUUUAUGAAAACAAGU